AUGGUCACUGACAGCCAAGACGACGUCUACCGCAACUACGAGUUCGACUACGAUGCCAUCAUGCAGAGGCUCCACGAUCAGGGCGACGUUCAUGAAAAUGAAGGUUUUUUCCUCGAGAACGAACUCAGGAAAAUGGAGCAAGGGCAAAUCCACGGCGCUCCGGGGCCGUACGGCGGACCUCUUCACAACGCGGUUCCCUCCUUUUUGUUUCCAGACGACGAACGCAGCGUACUUAACACAUCGUUUUCCGACGACCGUCCUUUCUUCAAUGCUUCUUGGAAAGGAUACACAGACUUUCGCGACGAGAAGCAGCGGGAGAAGACCAGCACAACGGGUGAAACUGGCCUUCCCAGCCACGAAAAACUCCGAGGAACGCGCGAGAGUUUACGGCCCCUGCAACUGACUCUGCCUCUGUCGCCCUCUAAGUUCGGGCGCUUACAAACUACAACGUCGCAUGUACACAAUGACGAAGACUUUGUUCGGGACGACACGCGAAACGGGGAGUUUUUCGAUUUGAGAUCCGGGUCGGGCAGAGAAGACAUUGAGGAAGGGAAGGCGGAAGCAGCUAGGGAAGGGGAAAGAUACCGAGAGGCUGCAGCGAAGGAGAAAGGCGCGUAUCGCGUGUUUGCGGCAGACGAAACUUACCUUAGCCGAUGGGGAGACGAACUCGAAGUUGAGAAUGACUAUUUCGCCGGCGGGCCGGAAAGCGCUGAUGCUCACGAGCGGAAUCUCCAACAGCCUGACUCAAUGCAUGGCUGGCAUCCUGAAAACGUCCGAGCAAAAGAGCGAAAUUGCGAUUCGUUCCACGAGAGAGCCCCCGCCAAGGCAAACGAACAGAGGAAACUCGAAUUGCCUUUGUUUUCUCUGGAAGACUUGCCGCUUAGAGAAGACGCAGCCACUGAACCUAGUCCUAAACGCCUCCACUUAAGAGACGCCCGUGCAGGACACGGAAGGGAAGGAACGGGGCCGGAUUCGACUCACGAAGCCGGAAAGGCCAGCCGGAAGGUUCUGUGGGAUCGAGUUGCCUUCGCUUCUCCGGGACUUCCUUCGCUGCUCAUUUCUCCCACUCUCUCUCUGUCGGAGAAGCAGAGACAGUGGAAGGAGUUCUGGAACCAUGUCGACUCGCUGCAAGCACAGAUUGAGCAUGCACAGACACUCGCUCUCCUGACUAUUCGAUUUCACCUGUCUUCUCCAAUGCUCGGCUUGAUCAUGCCCGUCGUAUCGACAGCCCACGUUUGCUGCCUUUCCCUUUUGCGGCUGGAAGCACUCAUCGACGCCACACUCUUUUUUUAA